AUUUCCUUAGACUCUACACAGGAAGUUGAGCGUGAGGACGAACGAGUGGUUUCCAAACGACGAUAUUGACCAUUACUGCCACAUCAUGUCGUUUCAGAGGCAGCAUUUAGUUUUUGUUGUGGCUGUGUUCUUCUUGAAUUUUUUCGAGAUGGGAGUGGUGAAAAGCUUCGGAGUAUUUUUGGCGGAUAUUUCCUUUCAGUUAGAUACCGAUUAUGCGAAGCUAGGUAUCAUCAUAGGCAUGUACCAUGGAGUCACAUUCUUUAUUGCGCCGUUUAUCGCACCGAUUGUGCAAGGAAUGAGGGUGUGGGUGCUCGUCAUCAUCUGUGUCAUCGGAUCACUUUCAUUUAGCUGCCUUUGUUUCACCACCAAUGUUAUCCAGUUUAGCAUCCUCUCCUUGUUAUCAGGAAUAUGCUAUGCAUUCGUCCGGCUUGCAGGCGUGUUGAUGUUCUACGAAAAAGUGAAGGAUCAUUUUGCAUUGACGUACGGAAUCGCUGAUUCGGGUAACGCCAUCGGAAUGAUCGUCAUUCCAAUUUUCGCAGAGUUUCUUCUCGAGGUGUACAGUUGGAGAGGAACCAUCCUCAUCCUUGGAGGACUCCUUCUUCACAAUGCCAUCUUUGUUCUUUUCAUGGAUGGACAUCGCAACGAGGAAGACGCAGAAGAAAUUAGUUAUUCAGUUGUAGAAGAAGACGGAAGCGAAGCCAUUGAUGCUGCAUCAGAAGACGUAGUCAUUGACCACCUGGAACUGACAAGAAGCGACUCGGAGAACAACUUGAUAGAUGAAGCGCCCUCUAACCUACCCAACGCAUUUGGCACCUGUGUAGGUAAAUGCUUCCGGUACUUUUCUGACACUUUCAAGGUCUCCAUCCUCUUAGAAAUGAAAUGGACAUGGCUGAUCAUGUUCUAUCAGCUAAUCACGGGGAUGGUGAACACCACAUGGGUUGUUUUCUUAGUCCCACACGGAGCUGCCAAAGGGUUCCCGCUCCCCAAGGCAGUUCUCCUAGCGGUCUUUGGAGGACUCGGCAACGUCGUGGGACGCGUAUGCCAGGGAAUCGUCGUCGAUCGCGGAUGGAUGACAUCGUUUGACCUCACCAUCCUCCUCACGGUCAUCAACGCUGUCGUCUUCCUUGUCGAUCCAUGGAUACGUCUCUUCUGGCUCUUGGGAAUCGCAGCCUUUCUCGGAGGGCUCACCAUUGGUGCUAGGACAACUCUUACGACAGUGCUUAUGAGGGACCUCUUCCCGACAGUGUUUUCAGCUCUUUACGGCUUGACAUGUUUGUUCUACAGUAUAGGAGAACCCUUAGGAGGACUCUUGGCGGGUUGGCUCUCCAGUGUGGCGGGUUUCAGUACUGCCUUCGUGGUUUUGGGCGGUAUAGAAGUAUUUACAUGCCUCGUUUUAAUACCAUCACGGUACUUCCUGGGAGAAAGAAUAGAUGCGAACAACUCAGAGAAUCGACCCGGGGAUUCGUAAACUUUAGAAAUCGCCAGUAUUCAGUUGCUAAUGACAUUCUUACCUUGCAAGAAUGU